AUGAAGCUUGUCAUCAUUCCGUUGCUUCUACUGAUCUCAACGAUCAGAUCGAAUAAUGGUCAAACAUGUUCGAACAUGUGGGAUCCAGUAUUCGAAUCCAAUUCAAACAAUCCGCCAACAAUGUGUACAGUUAGUACAACAAGUGGAUCAUCUUGUGUCUUUCCAUUCGUAUACAAUGGAAUAACGUAUUCGAACUGUACGAUCCAAGGUCCAAACAAUACUGCUUAUCAACCUCAAUGUGCAACAUCGGUUGAUUCAUCUAAUGUUGCUGUAACUUGGUCAUUUUGCAUCGUUCCAACGGAUGCGGUUGUCUUCUAUGCAACCGUUCGUAAGAAUGGUCCAUGGACACAAAACUCGGGUAGUACACAAGGUGGAACUAUGUUAUGGAUCUAUGGAAAUCGAUUCGCUCAGAAUGCAUUCAGUACAGUUCCAUCGACAUCGACAUCGAAUUCUGUUCAAUUAGUGGACGGUUAUUCAGUUUAUAACUGUCAAAUUCAUCCCGAUAAAGUCACGAAUACGCAACUGACAUGUUACACGCCGGUGAUACCCGAAGGUCUUUAUCAAAUCCGAGUUUAUAGUAACGGAAAUUUGAUUCCACUUUAUCAAUAUUACAACAAAGACCAAGCGACAUUCGCAGCUGUUCCAAGCAACACACCGAUUAUCGAUAAUAUCAGUCCACAAAGCGGAACGCCACAAACAUUAAUAUUCUUAUCGGGAACAUUCGAAACCGAAUGUUUUUCACGUGAUAUCGUCGGAUGUUCAGAUGAUAAUAAUCCGCUUAUAUCUCGAGUUUAUGUCGGUGGACAUCUUUGUAAUCUAAUCAAUCCAGUAACAGGGACAAAUUACUCGAUUGUGACUGAUACUGAUCUUCAAUGCUUUUUCGAAGGCACAGAAGUUGGAUUAUUUAACAUUUCUAUGCUUAUCACGAAUCAAUAUGGACGCUCAUCUGUUAAUUCAAACCUGUAUCGUGUAUCAUCCAACGAAGCUUUAUACAAUUUCCAGAGUUACGCAGUUAUUACCAAUGUAUCUCCAAACAAUGGCAGUAUUCAAGGAGGUACGAUCUUAACAAUCAGCGGAAACUACUUCAGUGAUAAUGUCGCCUAUCCCUUAAUGGUGAACGUCGGCGGACAAACCUGCGAAGUUUUAUCUACAGCUUUAACAACCGUUCAGUGUCAAAUUCCGUCUUCAGUAACAAUCCCAAAUCAAAACCAAUAUCAAGGUGGUCGCGGUCUGCAACUGUUUCGCGAUACAAUCGCUUACUCUCAAUCGACAUUGUCAAGUAAUUCUCCCCCAGUACCAAGCUCAAGUGCGAUACAAAUGUGGAUUGAUGAUGCGUCUUACACAUCGACAAACUCCUCAGAUGAAACUGUUUGGAUCGAAGGUUUCAUUCGUCCGAGCAAAACCGCAACAUUCACAUUUUCGUUAUCAACCAAUGGCAAUGCCGUUCUAUUUUUGAGCACUGAUGCUAGUCCAUCAAAUAAAGUCUUGAUUGUGAACUUACCAUCAACGAAUCAAUCUAGUGAUAUUAUUUUACAAAAUAAUACGAAUUAUUAUUUGUAUUGUAUCGCAUCUCGAGUCGGUGGUUCGUUGAAUUUGGUCAUUCAAGGACGAAUGCAUGAAACAACAUUGACAGCAACAACAUCAAGUAUGGUUAUCAACGAAAUUCAACGUAUUGAUAUCAAUGCAAAUAUCCAGUCUGAACAUCAGAAACUUGUUUAUUCGACAAACUCAACCGGAAAUGGAACAUCAGAAGUUCAAUCACUUCAAGUUGACAGUUCCACAUUUCAAAUCGGAUUCCGUGGAGUUUACACAGCACUAUUAAACGGUCGACCAAUGGCAGCGGACGUUCAAGCAGCGGUGAAUGACUUACCGACAAUCUAUCCACUAUCUGUUAGUGUAACAGCUACAAGUACACUAUACAUCAUCACAUUUCCAGUAGAAAUGGGCAAUGUACCGUUGGUAACUUGUAUAUCAACAGCAACUAAUUCUCCCAACGUCACUGAAACAACCCAAGGUGUGGCAUCAGGUUCUCAAAUCGCUUUUGAAGUCGAUGGUCAACUGACAAAUUAUAUCGACUUUCAAAAUAACGCUCCAAGUUCAUCGAAUCUUCAAUCAAUAUUCAAUCAAGUAUUCAGUAUUCAAUGCCCAGUAUCGUUGAACAAUCCUCAAGCAGCACCAUCAAUUGUUUAUUUACAAGAUUUCGAAACGAAUUGCUACUACGAUGAAACAAAGAUCGAAUCCAUUGCAUUUUGUGGACAAUGUUCUCAAAUAACAAAUACAGUUGUCAAUGGAAAUACUCAACCUGGAAAUUAUCUAUGUUUCGCAUAUAAAUUAUCCCAUAAUUAUGUUAUUGAACUCGACCUUGCUAUACAGCUUAACGGUGAUACAAUCGAUAUCUAUUAUCCAUCAAUCUCAUUGAGUUUAAAUUCCGAUCAAAACUGGCAUUACAUUUGUUUAGACGUCUCCACUCUCCUCUCAGCUCAAUCGAGUAUCUAUUCAUCUUCAUCACUCGUUAUCACAUAUGCUUGGCUCAAUAGAAAUAUUCUCAAUAGUAUUCGAAUUGACACAGUUACUAUCCGAACAUCNACGUAUUCUCACAUGUCGAAAUGA